CUAAGCCUGCAGACAGUACAGAGGGAGCAGACAGCUUAGUUUACAGUCACACAAGAAGAAGAGGACAUACGUUUUUGGAUAUAGACAAAGACUGCAAUUUUAGGACAUGGGUGUAUGUGGAUCCAAGCUUCAGAAACAAGCACAGGUCCUGAUGCUGGGCCUGGACGGAUCAGGGAAGACAACCCUCCUUUACAAACUGAUGUACAACGAGAGCGUGGUGACCGUGCCAACUGUGGGCUUCAAUGUGGAGACGCUGGAGACUGAUAGGAGCAGCCCGAGCAUGACGGUGUGGGACGUGGGGGGCCAGAAGAAGAUGAGGCCCCACUGGAAGCAUCACUAUACUGAUACAGCCGGACUCGUGUUUGUGGUGGACAGCUGGGAUGAGACACGGCUAGAAGAGGCCCGCAAGGAACUCCAUCGGGUCCUGAGAUAUGAGAGUCUCAGAGGAGUUCCUCUUGUGGUCCUUGCCAACAAACAGGACCUUCCAGGAGCACUAAGCCCAGAAGCACUUUGCCUUAAACUGGAUUUAAGAAGAGUGUGUGAGGGCAGAGCCUGGUUCAUCCAGCCCUGUUCAGCCACCACUGGCAUGGGGCUAGAAGAAGGUUUCAGGAGGAUAGUCUAUCUGAUGAAGACCCCACUGAAGCAGACUCAAGAGGACAUUAAAGUUAAGAUGAAGUCAAAGGGCUUCAGUAUCACAGCUGUGAAACAGGUCUUGCUCUGCAGCAGAUGAUGGAUGAAAAUCUUUUUUGAAGUUUCAUUCAUGCCAUGUGUUGGAUCCCUUCUUGCCUGCCUCUGUGAGUCUUUGGCAAAUGGCCACACUGUGGCAUCUGUAAGAUCAAAUGAGAGGAGGCGGUAAUAAGAAGGAUGACAUUAACACUGUGAUUAGUCUUAAUCUCCGGAAGAUAAAACUUUAACUGGAUCAUGGGGAAGAGAAAUAACUUUGAUGAUAAACCACAAGGAUUCUGCUUGCAAUCUUUGAUUAUCAGAGUAUUUUUGAGAAAACAGUGGACAUGUCACACAACAUUUGAGACAAUUCAGUCUGACAGUGUACACACUGUACAUGGGAAGCUCACUGAUAAGAAACAGAAAUGUUCUUUUCCAUUUUUGCAGUUUUUCUUUAUUUGUUAUGCAUUUAUUUGUAUUAUUUUUAACAUCACAAUAUCAAAAUACAAGGAUGUCUUGUUAUGUGCUUACUAUUUCAUUUACACUUUAUUUAUUAAUUUGGGAACUGCCAGUGUUGACUCACAAUAUGUUAAAUUAUUGCAAAGACUUCCUUCAGACAUAUGAUACUGAAGUAAAGUAGGCUAUAGCCUAUACGUUAUUGCAUCAAACAUAUUAAAACAACAGCAAUACAUCUGUCAACUCAUUUGAACGUGUGUUGGCGCUGUUUCAGUAUUAUUUUGUCUAUUUGUUGCACUGAAAUAAAAUUCUUCAAAAUACCUAGAAUUAAAUUAGGUGAUUCUUUUUUGUGUGUGAUAAAAUCAGCAGUAGAAUAGUUAUUUAGAUUCUUCACUUAUAUAAAGUAUGCAAUACAAAAAAAUAAAAAUUACAUUGCAUGUAAGGAUCCUGAAAUUGCACAACACAGCACAAUAUUCCCUGUGUUUUACUUGUGUGACAAGUAAAUUGUAUAAUAAUAAAG